AGCAAACCUAGUGAAGGGGGCGAGAUUGGCGAACGCCAACGUUCAUGACGUCGUCGGCUCUGGAAGCUUGCCAGGAUUCGCUGCGGAGCUGGGAAUGGCGAAAGUGAACACGGAGUAUAAAGGCCCAUCUCUUGCUUCAAGAAGGACUUCCCUCAAGAUCCCAGUCCAAGCCGUUUUAAAUCCUCAUCAGCAUAUAUCUGCAUCACGGUGUGUUACCAAGUUGACCAGAAGAAUUGUGCCCAUCUCCACCAACAUGGCUUUUGUUGCACGUUUCUCUCCAAUUACCAGAUGCUCUCUUGCACCAGCAAGAUCAGCUAUCUUUGCGGCUUCCAGACCAGCUCUCUUUUCCACCACUACCCAAAGAGCUGAUAGAGGACCCAUCGAACUCACCAAGGAUACCCUCAAGAAGGCAGAUAGGAUAGUGUCUAAUGCUGCCGUGAGGGGAAUAGAAAAGGGCGAGGAGGCGAGUCACAAAAUCAAAGAGACUUUCAGCCAUGGCGCAAAGCGAGCUGGGCAUGAGGGAACGAAGGCUGCUGAAAAGGGGAAAGAGGCCGCUCAACAGGCGAAAGAAAAAACCAUUGAUCUGGAGGAGCAGGCGAAAGCGGAGGCGGAGGAACUGACCGGGAAGGCAUAAUUUGAACACAGAGCCGAGCCGACGAAAGUUUAUCGAUGUAUGAAUGUCCCUUUGUGUCGGCUUUUGGCCUUGCCUGACAAUUGAAAUGAGAUCACGAUGUAUUAUAUGUAUCUUGCAGUUUUGCAUCUUUAGAUGUCAAAAGAAUUGACAUCGAAUAACUGGAGAAAAUGAACCAAAACUCAUAAUUCGUUCAA